UCUCGUUGUAUGUCAUUCAUGCAUAGCAGUCUACUGUAGUCCCCAGUCCGCCGGCGGCGCCCGAAUUAACAAGUUGCGUCGCGUGUACGCAGUGACGUAACCUAAUUCCAAACGACCAGUGUCUUUUGCUGUGAUACUAGUGAAAUAAUAUUCAACCAAGGCAGAAACUUUGAAAUUCGGUUAGAGGGUAGUACAUAACAAUAGUGUGGGGAUAUAAUUCCAGAAAUAAAUCAAAUGUCAAUAAGUGUGGUAUAAAGUGGACGUCUCGCUGCGCCGCGCCGCCGUGUUGUCGCUGAAUUUCUGAGAAAUAAAAAAAUCCCUGCUGCCAAUAUAUUAUGCAAUCUUAGUCAUUCCGGUCGUAGUAAGUUCACGGUCGGUCUCAACCAUCAUUCAUUACUUAAACGAUUUACAUUAAAUGCUAUUAGCAAAUUUAUUGUGAACACAAAUCGUUGCAUGGUUACUACGCACUCUCCCUAACACUGUGACACGUAAACUUUGCUUGAUAAUAACAGUAAUAUUCGACUCUACGUUGAUCAUUAAUUAGAACUUGGGAACUCAUGAAAAGUACAAAAUGGAAUCAAAAGUGACUUUAAAAGAAAAUAAUCCAGAUGAGCAAGCGAACAUAUUAUCUAAAGUGUUUGUAACAUGGAGUUUCAGUUUAUUUCGAAGAGGAUACAAAGAAGGUUUGUCUAUAGAAGAUCUAUGGAAAGCCCGAGAUUGCGACCGUUCGGGCAAGCUGGCGGACCGGCUGGAGGAGGCCUGGGAGCAGGAACUGGUGAAAGCCAAACAAAAUAAUAAUUACAAGCCGUCCCUAUUUAAAGCUAUUGUACGUUCAUUUUGGCUCGAAUACAUGUUAUGCGGAAUUUUGGUUGGACUUCUUUUUAUCGUUCUAUGGCCCUUGAUCCCGUAUACUUUAGGUUUAUUCAUAGAUUAUUUUGCAAGACCAAGAACAUCAGAAAGUUACAGAAAUGCUCACAUACAUAAUUUUUUAUUGAAUCUUCUUAGUGUAGGAACAUCUUUAUUAUUAAACCAUCUACAGUUAUCACAGGGUUGUGUGGGCAUGAGAGUCAGAGUGGCUUGCUGUUCGCUCUUAUAUAGAAAGAUUUUAAAAUUAAACCGUGCUGGCAUGGACAAAACCGAGGCGGGGCACGUAGUUAAUUUAAUGUCGAACGACGUGAGUCGCUUUGAUUUGGUGGCCUUAUUUCUGAACUACCUGUGGGUGAUGCCCAUAGCGGUACCAGUGGUCUCCUACCUCGUCUGGCAACAUGUUGGAUGGGCAACUCUUGCUGGAUUAGCAGUCACUUUCCUACAAACUGCUGUCGUUCAAGUUUACUUGAGUAAUCUUCAGGGGACUUUAAGAGGAAAAAUUGCAAAAAGGACUGACGAAAGAGUAAAAGUGAUGAGUGAGUUGGUCAAUGGAGUGCAAGUCAUCAAAAUGUACGCCUGGGAAAAGCCUUUCGAAAAACUUGUGGAUAAGUUGAGAAAAAUGGAAGUAAAGUUUAUCAUGCGCACGUCUAUGAUUAAGGGAUUCUCAACGGCCCUCAGUGUGUUCACGGAACGUUUCAUACUGUACGCCACACUCAUCACCUUCGUCUUGAUAGGAGGCCACAUACAUUCUGGAAUCACAUUUUCCCUCGUGCAGUAUUUCAACCUUUUACAACUCGCUUGUAACAUUUUCGUUCCGCUUGCUUUGUCUUUUCUUGCCGAGUCUAAAGUCUCAGUUCAAAGAAUUGAGGAAUUUUUACUUUUAGAUGAAGUAAAAAUACCGCAAAUAAGACAGGACAAGUCAGAUAUCAACGAAUCAAAAAUAAAUAACUCGAAUAAUAGCAAAAUUGAUACUGAGAAGGCUAAACACACCGGGUUGGUUAUAUCUGGAAUCAGCGCAAGUUGGAUGGAGGACCCCAUUGUCAGCACCUUAAGAAACUUAAGUCUGACUGCAUCACCAGGAGAAUUUGUUGGUGUGGCUGGCCUUGUUGGCUCAGGAAAGUCGUCGCUGUUGCAACUGAUCUUGGGUGAGUUGGUUCCAUCCCAAGGGUUCGUGUCACUGGGCGGCGCGCGCAUCUCCUACGCGAGUCAAGAGCCAUGGCUGUUCGUAGCCACUGUCCGACAGAAUAUCCUCUUCGGACUGCCCUAUGACCCCGUCCGAUAUAAGAAGGUGGUGACUGCAUGCGCGUUGCUUCGUGACUUCGAGUUGCUGCCGGCUGGCGACGCGACCCUGGUAGGAGAGCGCGGCUCCAGCCUCAGCGGUGGGCAGCGCGCGCGAAUCGGGCUCGCAAGAGCUUGUUACCGACAGGCGGACAUUUAUUUACUGGACGAUCCGCUUUCUGCCGUGGAUACGCACGUUGGCAAACAUCUGGUGUCCGAAUGCGUGACCGGCCUACUACGACAUUCGACCAGAAUUUUAGUUACCCAUCAGCUACAUCAUCUCCGGACUGCCGACAAAGUCGUUAUACUUCAUAAUGGUGAGAUUGAAACAUUGGGCACUUUCGAAGAGGUAUCGCGGUCGCCUCUAUUCGCGGAGUUACUUGAAGAGGAAGAGCAGGUGGACGAGGGAAACAAACCGCAGCUGUUACGUCAGCGGACCGUCUCUAUACAGUCUCAGUCCAGUACUAGCACAUUUGGGAAUAAGGAAGCUGAAAACGUAGCUGAAGAAGAUCCUGAGGAAACAGCCGAAAUUUCGGGAACAGGGCGCGUGGCUGGUGCGGUGUACAGUACAUACUUCCGCUCCGGCAGCGGCUGGGGCCUGCUGUUAUUUAUUCUGUUCUCUGUCGUGCUGGCGCAAGUCGUCACCUCCGCUAGCGACCUCUGGCUCACCCAUUGGAUGAACGAUGUUGACGCUAAAAACGCAGCGGUACCAUUCAAAGAAACAACUAAUAUCAGUGUUUCCACAAAUAACGAUACCAUAUCAGCUACUGAAGAAAUGUACAUUACUCUACCAACUGAUUCUAUCCCUCCAGACUUCUCAACAACAACUGUGGCGUCUGAACCACUUAAUCAAAAUAUCACUUUUGUUAACACCGAAAUGGAUUAUCAUGCUUUCUACAUUUACAUCUGGACUGUAGGAAUAAUUGGGUGCAUUUUACUGACUACAUUCAGAUCAAUCCUAUUCCUAUGGGCAUGCAUGAGAAGUUCCAUCAAAUUGCACAAUAAGAUGUUUAGUAACAUAUUGGCUGCAACCAUGAGAUUCUUCGAUACUAACUCCUCGGGACGUAUCCUUAACCGGUUCUCCAAAGACAUGGGAGUGGUAGACGAAAUCUUACCCAGGAUGUAUUUAGACAGUAUACAGGUUUUCAUGGUAAUGUUGGGGAUUUUAGUUAUGGUGGCCAUCGUCAACCCAUACAUGUUACUAACAACGGCAAUGUGUGCUAUUUUCAUGUAUUUGUGGACUAUCAUCUACCUAAGUACAGCGCAAGCUAUUAAAAGAGUGGAGGGCGUGUCUCGUAGUCCAGUUUUUUCGCAUAUGUCAGCAACAAUGUCGGGGCUCACCACAGUGCGCGCAUGUGGCGCGGAGGAGAUGCUGCGCAGACAAUUUGAUGAUAAACAGGACGUACACACUUCUGCUUGGUACUUAACGCUGGUGACAAACACUGCAUUCUCCAUAUGGUUGAGUCUUAUCUCUGCUCUGUAUGUCAUCAUAGCUUCGUACGCUUUUUUGAUACUAGACAGUUACGGGGGGAUGAAAUCUGGCAAUGUGGGUCUAGCUCUCAGUCAAGGGUUGAUCCUCGUGAAUAUGGUACAAUAUGGUGUCAAACAAGCCACCGAAGUAGUCUCUCAAAUGACUAGCGUGGAACGCCUUGUGCAGUUUACUUCUCUUCCGCUAGAAAAAACCGCAGGCCCAGAUCCGCCAACCGGUUGGCCACAACGCGCACGACUCAUUUUUAAGGAUCUAUAUCUCAGAUAUGACAAGGAUUCCGAUCCCGUUCUUAAGAAUUUGAACGUAGUCAUUGAAAGCGGUUGGAAGGUGGGGGUUGUUGGUCGCACUGGCGCAGGAAAGUCAUCAUUAAUAUCUGCAUUAUUCAGAUUGGCACCAAUUGAAGGAAAUGUGUACAUAGAUGAUGUGGAUACCGGGGAGAUUGCUCUUAAGGCACUUCGAUCGAAAAUCUCCAUAAUACCUCAGGAGCCUGUAUUGUUUUCAGCUUCUUUGCGAUACAACAUGGAUCCAUUCGACAAAUAUACUGAUGCAGAUAUAUGGAAGGCAUUAGAACAGGUGGAAUUAAAAAACGCGGUGAAUGCUCUAACAUCUUCCGUGGCGUCAGGAGGGUCCAACUUUAGUGCAGGCCAACGACAGCUGCUCUGCUUGGCUCGCGCUGCACUUGCUCGCAACAAGCUACUUGUACUUGACGAAGCUACUGCCAAUGUUGACCCUAAUACUGAUGCGUUGAUCCAAAAAUCUAUACGGAAACAUUUCGCUGAAUGCACUGUUAUAACUGUUGCUCAUCGUCUCCACACUGUCGCCGAUGCUGACAGAGUUAUAGUGAUGGAAGCAGGACAAAUAGUCGAAUGCGGUCACCCACACGAGCUAUUACAAAAUGAGGAAGGACCUUUCACAAAGAUGGUGAACCAGCUGGGUGCUGCGUCCGAACAAAGUCUGCGUGACGUGGCAGCGAAGGCAUACUCCGAUCACAUUAAAUAUGUAGACGCCGACGACCACAACACUAACGCCGUCAAAGCUUAAAAGCGAUCCUUGCCGAUGUUUUGAGAUUAUGCAUUAUCAGCUAGUUGAUUUAGGGCAUUUGCCUAACGAAGAAUAUUUAUUAAUAUUACUAUAAGUUUAUGUGUGCAGUGAAAUACAUGUACUUACUUACUUACAGUGAAAUAUAUGUAUACCUACUUGUGGUAACCAAGUCAUAUUUGAUUUGUCGAAUAAUGUAGUUAGUAAUUCG